AUGAACGAAUCACAUGAACAAGUAAACGAAGAUAAUGGUAAAACCGUAUUACACUCCUCCCUAGCACCACAUAAAACAUCAAAUGUUAUAUUGAAAACCGCUGUCGCUUGCGUGAGCUCAGGAACACAGUCAACGGAUGCUAAUAUUUUACUAGACGAAGGAGCACAGAGAUCAUUCAUCACAGAAUCACUCGCCAGAAAACUAUAUUUAGGUAUAAACGGGACCGAAAUAGUUCAUCUUUCUGGAUUCGGAGAGCAAAACAGACAAGUUAGGCAUAUGCAAUCGGCAACGAUUUACUCACAAACUGACGAUGUAGAAAACAUACCGCUCGAGGUACUUAUCAUUCCUGAAAUAGCAUUACCGAUACAAACGCACAUGAAAUCAGUAGUUAAUAUGAGACAUUUGCAUGGCUUGAAAUUAGCACACCCAAUUACCGAAGAUGACAUGUUUGAUAUUAAUUUACUUAUUGGAGCAGAUUAUUAUUGGAGUAUAGUAGGAGAUAAAAUCAUAAGAGGUAAUGGACCGACUGCCGUCGAGUCUAAAUUAGGAUAUUUACUUUCUGGACCAACGACAAGUAUUAGAGAAUCAAACAGAAGUUCAAUAUUGAACGUUAUCGUGUCUCAUAAAGCAGAGGAAUGUAAUUUAACAAAGUUUUGGGAAAUCGAGUCCCUUGGUAUAGAAGACAGUAACACAAAUACAGAGCUAGAAGAAUUUCAAACGAUUUAUGAAAACUCAUCAGUGUCAUUUCUUGACAACAAGUAUGUCGCCAAGCUACCUUGGAAAACCAACCACCCGCCAUUACCGUCAAACAAAGCAGUCGCCUUUCGUAUGACCGAAAAUGUAAUAAGACGUCUUAGUAAAGAACCGCAAUUGUUACAAAAGUAUGGAGAAAUCAUCGAAGAACAGGAAAAGCGAGGGUUUAUAGAGAAAGUCGAGAAAGAUUUAGUUAAACCAAAUAUCAAGUUACAUUAUAUCCCGCAUCACGAAGUGAAGAAAGAUUCCGCCACUACACCUAUCAGGAUCGUGUAUGAUUGUAGUUGUAGACAAACACCGGACACCGCCAGCUUAAAUGAUUGCCUACUUAACGUACCUCCGAAGUUGAAUAAUGUAACCGCAAUACUUUUAAGAUUCCGCAUGAAUAAAUACGCCGUAUGUACAGAUAUAGAAAAGUCAUUUCUCAACGUUGGACUAGAUAUUGAAGACCGUGACGUCACCAGAUUUUUCUGGUUAAGCAAUCCAACAGACCCAAGCAGUUGUAUCACGACUUAUAGGUUUAAAUCUGUAUUAUUUGGAGCCACCUGUUCACCAUUUAUAUUAAAUGCUGUUUUAUCAAAACACAUCAACAACCACCAGACAGAAUUUACUGACAAUUUAAUGAGAGAUUUAUACGUAGAUAAUAUUGUUUCUAGUUUUAAUUCCGAAGAUGAAUUGUCACAAUAUUUCAAAGUUGUUCGCAAAUUAUUUACAGAUGGUGGAUUCAAUUUACGCGCAUGGGCAUCAAAUAACAAACUAUUACAACAACUUGCAGAAUCUGAAAAAGUUAUCGACACAGAACAGGUAGUCAAAGUAUUAGGCUUGCGUUGGAAUACAGAUAAAGAUACGCUAAAGUAUGCUGAAAAUAUUCUAGACACGGAAAUAGACCUCAUCACGAAACGCGAAGUACUUAGAGAAUCGUCCAAGAUUUAUGAUCCACUCGGGAUCAUCAGUCCAGUUACCGUACGAGGUAAAAUAUUUAUGCAAACACUUUGGGGUGAAAAUAUGAAAUGGGACGAGCCAUUGCCUGAUCAUAUGAGAACAGAAUGGAUUGACAUCAGAAAAGAUAUUAAUGAAGCAACAAAGACCGUUAUACAUCGUCACUACUUUACAAAUUGUUCGGAUUCUAACAGCGACACUGUGAUACAUGUAUUCAUGGAUGCUAGCAUGAAAGCUUACGGAGCUUGUGCAUACCUAGUUUCAGAAGGAAAAAGUUCACUCUUAAUGUCAAGAAAUCGAGUAGCACCGUUAAAACAGCUAACAAUUCCAAGACUAGAACUAAUGGCAGCAGUAAUUGGAAGUCGACUUUUAUAUCAUAUUUUGUCUCAUAUUAAUGUUAAUCGUGUAAUAUUAUGGAGCGAUAGCCAAAUUGUCUUGAGCUGGCUGAGUUCGAACAAGACAUUAAAACAAUUUGUCGCUAACAGAGUGAAAGAAAUCAAAGAACUGACUGAAAAGUUUACAUGGAAAUACUGUCCAAGUGAAUCCAAUCCCGCCGAUUUACUAUCAAGAGGAAUAACAACUCAAAAGUUUAGAGACAACAUGCUAUGGAUGAACGGCCCUGAUUGGUUAACGAACGAGAAUAAAUGGCCUGAAUGGAAAAUAGAUGAAACGCAAAUUAUGCCAGCAAGUGCUCAACAAGAAGUUACAGUUGAUACGACACAAAUACUGAGUACACACAGUGUAACGCAGGAAAAUACCAUAUUUGACAUUGACAGGUUUAAUUCUUUCAAGAAACUUUUGAGAGUCAUAGCCUACGUUGAAAGAUUUAUAUUUAACUGUAGAUCGAGAGAAAAACGUACUGCAAAUCUUAAUACGCAAGAAUUACAGAAUGCAACGUAUACUUUGAUACAAGAAGUACAACGAAGACACUUUUUGGACGUAAAGCUAAGCUUACAAAAUGGUGAAACAAAGACACACAACUUAGUAAAACAACUGAAACUUUAUUUGGAUAAGGACAACUUGAUUCGUUGUGAAGGACGUAUUCAUAACGCGCCAUUGGAUAAAUCUACUAAAUUUCCUAUACUGCUACCUGCAAAAGAUAGAUUAACCAGACUCGUUAUAAUGGAUGCUCACAUUUCACAUUUACACUCAGAACUGUCAAGUACCGUCACACUAAUCCGGCAGACAUAUUGGAUACCGACUAUACGACAAGUUGCAAACAGUAUCUUACGCAAAUGUGUGACCUGUAAAAAGUUAAAGGCCGACCGUAUACAGCCCCAGAUCCGCCGCCUUUACCGAAGGACAGACUACGAGAAGCACCGCCGUUCACAGUAA